GUUCCAGACGGCCGAAGAAGCGCACCUGAAAGCGCGCGAUGCAGUGACCGUCUGUUUCAUGGAUAGACAAAAGCCACUGCGAGGUUGAUCGGAGUUCGCGUUAUGAUGGUUUAUGCAUAUAACUGAUCGUAUUGAACAUAGAGCAGAUUUUACUUUCGGAAGCAAUAGCAGCUAAACAUUACACUACCAAUGCAUGCCCGUGUGUCACUCACACGUUAUCAGUGGUGCUUAUGGAUUGGACUGUGCCCCGGGCCUGUGAGCGGCGAGGUCCAAAGUUCCUGGGCGUUUCUCGCCGUGAGUUCACCGCGGCAAUAAAGCAUCGAGGACAAGGGACGUUCUCGCAUCGCCUGAGCAUUGAGACCUCGUUUCGUUUGCCAUCAUGGUUUCUGCUCGGAAAAAGGCAUAUUUUCUUCCAGCGGGAUUCGUCAGCAUUGGCACGAUCGUCAUGCUUGGCAUUUCGCUGGGCUCCACAAAUUGGGUUUCCGUCACGGUGACAUACCAUCCGAACAAUACCGGCGAUGCCACCGAGUCCCAUGCCACCAGCUACUACGGAAUGUUCUCUGGAAAAUACAUCGUCAACAGGGGAUUGAAUCCGGUGGAAACGAGUUUUCAAGUCAUCGAUAAACUGUUCAAGACGGACGGAGAGAAGGGCACGGGCCAGGUAGCCUACGCCUUCCAGAUGUUGUUCCUCAUCGUGGGAGUGCUCUUCGCGGCCAUCAAGUGUCUCUUCGCGUUCAUCAACGGCCUCACCAACCCAUACCACAACAUCCAGGGCCCCCGGGGGCUCUACAUCUGGAACUCUGUGUGCGGUGGCUGCUGCCUGCUGGCGCUCAUCAUCUUCCCCUUGGCGGCACAGACGUCUGGCAUGACGGAGGUAUUCCUGGAUUUGAUCCCGGAGGAAAGCAUCAGCGGCUUCACGUACGGAACGCCGUACUGGCUACUGCUGGGCGCUCUGCUCAGCUGCGCCGUGUCCAUGGCCAUCACGUACGCCUACCACAACGUGAAUCUGGAGGACAGGAAAGCCGCCACCAAAGCCACAAGUCCCGCCACCAACACUGAAGUCCUCAUGUACUGAGAGCCCCUCGGCCUGCUUUAAAACACUCAGGACGCGGGGCAAUAUUACAAUACAGCACGGGGUUUGCUCGGUCGUUUGAGCUGCACUUUUUUCGUACGCCCUCAAGUGGGUUUAACAAAAUGUGUUUAGUUGAGUGAGCUGCGUAGGAAGACUAUAUUGAAUGGGCGUGAUUAGCUCUCCGAUGCGGGGGUGGGCGAUGUUUAGCUUCACGGUGCUGUAUCUUUGGGAGCUUGAGUCCUAACUUCGGACCGGUAAACACAUCGCGGAGCUUGAUAUCACGAGGAAGAAAAAGUACGCAGUGAAUAGUCCGUUAUUGUACUUAGACAUUGAGUAAAUACUCUUUGGUUCUUUCGGUAAAGUCACGUAGGUAAAAACUGCUGAAACAGGCGCCCGUUUCAACAGUUUCCCUGCUGUGAUUGUCUCACCUGAUGACGAUUGCUUGUGUUGCGAUCGAAACGUCGUGAUCAAUUUUUUUUACCUACGUGACUUUACCGAAAUAACCAAAGAGUAUGGAUUCCUGCGGUCACGAAAGCUUCAAAUCCAGACAUUGAGUAAAGUUUGAGGACCAAUAUAGGGGCCCGAUUCGUACACUGCCGAAUGAUUUCGUUUUAGUCCGAAUUUUUGCAACCAAAAAAAAACCAUGGCAAUGCCUUCAUUGCCAUGAAUGGAAUAAAUAAUCAAGGCCGUGUAAUCAACCGUUUUGAAUCUGCUGAGGUGACCGGGUCGGAGUGUGACUACAAGCCUCGUGGUUAAACUUGUAUCGCGAGUUGAUGGCUUCAGCCCGGUCACCAAUGACUGCAAAACAAAAACCCAACACCAAUAUAUUUUAUUCUGCAAUUAAUUUAGCUGAAUUCUAUUUUUCAAGAAAUAUAAAUAUCAGUUUGACUGUUAAGUGAUUAACAUUAGCUAUGUGGAAGGGCAGGUUUAUGUGCUCCCCCCCCCCCCUAUUGUGUAAACCAGAGGUCACGAAAAGGAAUCGGAGGUAGCUCUGUCGUGUCCACUUCCAAAGGCAAUUCUCUAACAAAUGCACAAUUUGCCUCACGGCGUGAUAAGAGAACAAUGGGGAUAUAAUUUUGGAAAAGGACAAUUAGGCUAAGAAGCAAGUGACUCUGGUCCAGUCUGUUUAGGAUUAUAUGCAGGCUGUAUUCUGCAUAUUGUAAUUUAUGUAAAGUCAAUGCUCUGCUUGUAAUGUCAAAAUGUUUGGGAAUAUAUUAAGUAAAUUCAUCAUAACUUUGUAUCCUCUGAAAGAAAAUACAUUGUUAUGUUUUUAACAUUUACAAUUUAGGCAAUGUUAACUUGUUUAUUGUAAGAUUUAAUAACAUGCAUGAUUGUGUCAAUAAGGUAAACAUCCAAAUAAUUUUCGACCUUUUUUCCAAUUUAAAGUUUUCAGUAAGGAGAAAUAUAUAAAUGUAACUGGCAAUACCGGCCAAAACAUGUCCAUUUCAAGACUAAUUUUCUAUCACAACCGCAUUUUUCAGAGAAAUGUUGCAUAACCAAUGUUUUGACAGUGUAUCAUGUAUUAAAAAAAAUGAAAAUCGUACUAUUUUAGGCUGCAAAUGUAUGGUCUAUAACAUUCUUAAAUAUUUAUACACAACCAGAGGGAUCGGCUGUAACUCAAAUGACCCUUUAUCAUUGACUGCUCAACACACUCAAUCAUUCGUUUAUGCAAUAAAAUGGGAAUCCCUUUGAGAUGUAUUUCCCCACAAACCCUUCAACGGCACACCUAUCCAAUGUAAAUGAUAGUGGACAAGCUUAGGGCAAAGCCAAAUUAUCAGAUCACAUUCCUAGCAGUUGUGAACAUUCACAAAAUACCCCAUUCGUAAUAUAUUCUUUCAAAUUACUAAUUCAAUAAAACGUGGCUCGGCAAAGAAUGUGCUUAACCGCUUAUUAGAUACUGUGUAGUGUUUAUCAGCAUUUGUAAAAAAAUCAUUUUCGUUGCACCGUGUAACUUUCAGAUGAAAAUGACACUUUGUUUUAGAGUAUCUUACACCUCGCAUGUUCACAUGCAGCUAUAACUUGACAAUUCCAUACAAAAAUAUAUUCUCAUAUUUAAAAACACUUGCAAUCUCGUGGGAAAAGUUGGAAAAUGGAAGGUUUUAAAAUCAUGCUUUCGACCGAUUCCUUCUUGAAGGAAGGAAAACAGGACUUUAGUUUGAUAUGAAAAUGUACAACUUAUUUUCAAUUACAGUUCAGAUUAAAACAACUAUUGUGGCGGUUGCAAUAAUAAAUCAAAUGACACCUUUUUAUUACAUACGAAAAAGUUUUAAUUUUCAACAUCUGCAGUCAUGGUACACCAGCAAUGGUUCAACACAACCCCUCUACAAUAAUCACCUUGUGAUAUUGUGAAGACAAACAUUAACUUCAACAGCAGCCACUCCAUGUUAUAAAGCUGUGUAUUUUAGACCCAUUGAUAAAAACAAUUUAACUUAAUCUGUGAAAUCUUAAUGCGCAUAGUUACGUAAACACAUUUGUCUUCCACAUAUUAGUCGCAAAUGUGCUUGCAUUUUAAAGGUGUCAGAAGCAACAAAAACGUCUUAUGCUAUGCAUCAAUAUAAACCACUCUCCAAAGCAAGUACUAAAAGCCAAACAAUGAAUGAAUGUACAUGCUCAUCACAAUUCCGGAUAAAAGUUUUCCUUUGUAAAGAUUUAAACCUGAUGUAAUAGCACACUGGGAAAUCCAUAACUGAAUUUAAGCUGUGUUGUGUGAUGUUAAUAUGAUCAUUGGUGGUGUUAAUGACAGAUAUACAAAAAAUCUUGCAAAACUCACAAACAUUGCCUCUUUGACACAUGGGAGAUGACAAACAAAAAAUAAAUGGA